AUGGCUGCACAGCUACUGCCCACGGGCGGCAUUGCCCUCGUCGGAGCCCCGGAUGGCGACAUCGCAUUCAAGGACGCCAGAUGCACCCCCGUCCAGGCCAUGCAGGUGGACAUUACCCAGGACAUCAUCGACGAGCUCCUCGAAAACGCCAGGGGCGGAAAGCAACCACAGAUAGUCUUUGGACGCACUCCACAACUCAAAUAUGGCGACAAGACGCACAUGCUGCAGAGCAGCGCCGAACUACAUCGAUACGAACUAUACAAGUCCAGCGACGAUAGCAGCGACGACGGUCAACUCGAAUUCGCCAGUUUGAUCCACCACAGUCUCACGGUCCACAAGGCGGAAGAUGUCACGGCAGGCGUAGACUCAGCGCUGGAGCAGCUGAGGAGCAACAUGGCUGCCAUCUCUGAGUUUAAGGAAGCCAACAAAACAAUUGUCGCCGAUGCCACACCAGGACGCACCCCAGUCCAUCGUCGCUUCCCUUCGACGGGCUUCAAAUCCUCGCACCUUGCGCCCUCACCCCUGCUGAGCGCACCAUCGUCGCCCAUGCACAAGCGCCCACCCACUUCGCAACCCACAAACAGCCACGAUGUCGUUGUCAACGCCCUCCGUGUCCCCGUCAUCCACCUCCUCGCGCGCGAGCCGGCCACAGAGGCCUCGCUCGCUGCCACGUGCCGCACCUCUCUAGCCAGCAUCCGAGAUGUUUUGCCCAAGGUUGCGAAACGCUCUACAACUGACCCCGACAAGUGGCAACUCACGGACAAGUCCUUUCGUGAAGUCAACCCCUACAAGUUUCCCUAUCAGAGCUCGGAGGAGCGUCAGCAGGCCAUUGACAGUGCCAUCAAGUCGUUUGAUCGCCAACGACUGUCAAAAGAUGACAAGCUCUGGCAGAUUCUGUUGCCGCAGGACCAACGAGGCCAAGGCAUCUGUUUGUCGCGUUCGACGGUGAAAGCGCCCGAGGCGAAGCCGAAAGCAAGCACCCCCAUGCACAAGAUUUCGGAUCUCACCAAGAAGAAGCCUGCAGCUAAGAAGGCGGUCGACAAAACUGCCCCUGAGCGGAAGCCGAGGGCCACAAAGGAUGGUGAGACCAAGCAAAAGGCUGCAAAGGAGAUUGAGAUCAAGCCCAAGUCGUCAAUCAAGGAAAAGUACUUGGCGCGCCAGAAGCUAGCGGUGAAGGAAGUGAAAGAGGUGAAGGAGGUGAAAGAGGAACCCACAAAAGCUUCGACCCCAGCCACGUCUACACCCGUCACCUCGACUUCACGCCCCGCUGCACCUCCUGUCAAUAGCAAUUCCUCAACCGACGCUUCCAAACCCCGUGCAAAGAAGCCAUCCACUGCAGAAGGCAAUACCACGAUUCGUGCAAAGCCCAAGAUGCCAGUACGAGACGCACAGAGGGACCGCCCUGUUCAGAGGCCAUUCAAGCCCACCAUGCCAGUAAACACCAAGCCGAAAAACCCCUCGCCGCUCUCAGCUUCGCCGCCCAUCAACGCCAGCGAUUUGGACCAGUCACAUCCUGCCCAUGAGGCUCUUGCAGCAUCGCCUGCCAAAUCCUCCACCAACUCUGACCGCUCACUCAAACGCAAGGCCAACGACAUUGACAGCAACAUUCACAACCACAACAUCGUGGCGAAGAAGCCGCAGGUUAGCCGCGCAACUCCGAAACAAACACCCUCACAUGGCAAUGGCAAGCCCAAUGCCUCUACGCCCUCCUCUACUAGCUCAAUUAAACGCAAGUCCGACGACUCAUCUGCAUCCAACACUCCUUCUACCGCACCAAAGGUUCGCAAGGUUGCCAACAUCGACACUGGCCUCGCCUCGCGCUACCACCACAACAACCCUCGUGCGUCGCCGGGCGCCUCGUCCUCGUCUACCACAUCUCCAUCCAUGCCAAGCCUGAGCUUCCGACAGACUGUCGAGCUUUCCCAAAAGUUCCAGAAGUACUACAAGAAGUACGAAGAGCUGUACUGGGAACUGACAGAGGCUGAGAAGCCGCCUACGGAGGCCCAGCGAAACGAUCUGCUCAAGAUGCACAAGAAGCUGGAGGAGAUGAAGAGGGAGAUUAAGGCGGGUGCUGGGAUGCACCACCGAUGA